AAUGUUCGUUUGAAGUGUGAGUUCAUUGGUGAGAUAGUUGUCGGUUUCUUUAAGGAAUGGUUGGACUGUUGUGCUGGUGUCGUUGCCUGUGUUAGAAUAGAGAUCUUGGACAGCGUCGAUUUCUUCAAAUAUGUUGGACAAGUUGUUCAUGUUCGACUUCGAUUAACCCUUAAAGGCAAGCAUAUGGGCCGUGGUUUUGUUGAGUUUGCUUCUGCUGACGAAGAAAAGAAGGCACUGGAAAAGAAGAAUGGUGAAUAUUUGCACAAGCGCGAGAUUUUUCUUGAUGUGGCUAAU